AGUGGAGACGCCGCAGCCGAGUAGACACACUUUGUCUAGCGGAGCAUUACUUGGUAUCUUUGCAAGUGAUGUAUCUGGAACCACAGUGUACUGGGAGAAAGAACUGACGCCAAGGAACUGGUACACCUGCUGGCUCUGAGUAUUUGAAGAAACAUGUCUUUCAGAGGAGGAGGUGGACGAGGAGGUAGAGGCGGUGGAGGAUUUAGCCGAGGUGGAGGAGGUGGAUAUGGAGGAGGCAGAGGAGGAGGAGGUGGAUAUAGAGGAGGAGGAGGUGGAUUUGGAGGAGGACGUGGUGGCGGCAGAGGUGGAUUUAAUAGACAACAAGACUACGGUCCUCCAGAAUAUGUCGUCGGUGUGGGAGAGUUUGUGCAUCCAUGUGAAGAUGACAUAGUUUGCAAGUGUACGACGGAGGAAAACAAAGUUCCUUACUUCAACGCCCCAGUUUACUUGGAAAACAAGGAGCAGAUCGGGAAGGUGGAUGAGAUAUUCGGCCAGCUCCGGGACUUUUAUUUUUCAGUCAAACUUUCUGACAACAUGAAGGCCUCUUCAUUUAAGAAAAUGCAGAAGUUUUAUAUAGAUCCAAUGAAGCUCCUCCCGCUGCAGAGAUUCCUCCCCAGGCCGCCCGGAGAGAAGGGUCCGCCUAGAGGAGGCCGAGGGGGUAGAGGUGGAGCAAGAGGCGGAGGUCGUGGAGGUGGUUUCCGAGGCGGCCGUGGUGGAAGUUUCGGAGGCGGCCGUGGUGGAGGAUUUAGAGGUGGUGGAGGAUUUGGAGGUGGAAGAGGUGGAGGAGACAGAGGUGGCUUCAGAGGAAGAGGGGGUGGAGGAGGACGUGGAUUCAGAGGCUCAAGAUGAUCUGACGGUGAUCUGGUGUGAUGGUGUCGUCCCUGUCUUGUGCUGCACAAGCAAAAAGGCUGCAUUCUCUGCCCGUGACUGUUGGACUCACGAUAUGGACAUUGCCUCUAUUUGUAGAACUUGAAUGGAUUUUUUCUCUUCAUUUUAUACAUUAUUUUUAUUACUGGUUUUGAAUAUGUGAUGGAUUCUUUUUAUUUAAAAGGUUCAUAUGUAUGCUUGUGUGUAACAUAACAAGGCUAUGAGAUGAGAGAUACGGGGCUCCCUUUGUGUCCAGGCGUAUCAUUAUUCUGUGCUGAUCCUGUAAUGACGGACGUACGAGAUGCAAGAUUUCAAAAGAUACAUUUACAAAUGUAUUAAUUUCCUCAGAUAUGAGAAAAUGUGUCGGAAAACUUUACAUGCUGUUAGUUGAAAACGUUUUGAUACCCAUCAUUUGUAAAAUCUUAAGCAGAAUGUUGUCACAUUUUUGUUAAAGGCCUUGAUUAAAACAUGCUUUGUAA